AGACAAGGGGAAGAAUUAUGCUUAUUUGAACAUACAACAAAGGUUAUUGCCUUUAUCAAACAAUCAUUACCAGAUACAAAAAUUGGUAUCGCAUCUAGAACGCAUACACCUGAAUGGGCAAGAAAGGCACUUGGCUUAUUUCGUAUUCCGGAACUCGAUGGCAUCACUUUAUUAGAAGCAAUUGAUUACAUGGAGAUUUAUCCAUCAAGCAAGAUUCAACAUUUUAAAGCUCUUUCUGAGAAAUCAAAUAUUGCCUGUGAAGAAAUGCUCUUCUUUGACGACGAAUCACGAAAUCGUGAAGUUAGUAAAUUAGGUGUUCACUUCAUUCAUGUCAAUUCCAGAACAGGAAUUACCCCGACCCAAUUUGAAAAUGCCUUACAGGCUUUU